AGGGCGACGCCGCGGUCGGGCCCACCCUCGUCAACCUCACCCAUGGGCUCGGAAACGUCCUUGGCUGGCCUCGCCAAGGCUUUCGUGGGCCGUGGGCCCCACAACCAGGUGGACCUCGGGCGGGAGGGGGGCCUUUGGAUCAGCAACUGCCACCUCGUGGCCGCUCGCCCACUGCGCAGGGGUCCUUCUUCGUGCAGGCGGGGAGCCGGGAGGCGCAGUGCCUGCACAACGGGAGGCCGCUGCAGCAGCAGCCCAGGAGGCUCCGCGACGGCGACCACCUCCUCAUCCCGACCAGGCCGCCGCAGCGGGAGGGGCCUAGCCCCGACGACGCCAAGCCGUGCGUGGCCCUCGCGUUCCGCGCUUCAGCGGGGGCGGAGGCCCUGCGGAAACGGCCAGCACAGGCCGAGCACGGCGCCCUGGCGGCCCCGGCGGUGGUGUGCCUGACCCGGAAGGGCGCCCCGCGGCAGCUGCUGGGCGUCGACGGCGGCGGCUCCAUCGACCUCGCCGGCCACUGCGGCAGCGAGGCCCCCGCCGCGCGCCUCGUGGGGCUGCCGGGCAGGCGCCCCGUCUUCCAGCAGCUCUCGCCCCAGGGCUCCUUCGUCAACGGCACGCUGAUGAAAGAGGACCCAGGCGCCGAGUGCACGAUCUACGAUCGGGACGUCAUCUUCCCGUGCAAGAGCGCGCACAAGUUCAGGGGGUCGCUGGCGUACAUCUUCCUCGGCGGCAGCGGGAGGAUGCCCGCGACGCCCCUCGGAGGGUGGUCCUCGUGGGCUCGUGCCGCUCUCCGUGCUGGCGCAGUCAGGCUGCGCGAGCAUCGUGAGGCGAUUCAAUGGCGUGGCGCCACCGCUCCCUCUCCGGAACAAGGGAAACUGGGCCACCUCGGGGUCACAUGCGCCCGCUUUGCCUUGAGCGUCCAUUCUUCCUCGCGGCCGUCCCCCCCCCUCUCUUUGCCCGCGAAUUCGCUAGUUACGUAGUGCCCCUUUCUAGCUUCUCGCUGGAGCGGAGUUCGCCGCCUCGCCGCUGAUGGAAAAAGUGUGCCCGUUCUGCCAGAGGCCCCACAAUGAAGGAUUGCCCACCUUGCCGGGGUCAUCGUUCCAAGAGGUGGAUCUUCCUGGCGAUCGGCCCCCAGGAAUUGAGGAGGCGCCAUCCUCCCUCCUUGGGUGUGGAGAGCGCCGCCGCUGCGGCGAUCCCGCGCGAGGCCAUCUCAGCGGCAUCCCCGCAGGCCUCGCGACGCUCUGCAGAACGGGCCCCCGCGAGGGCCUCCUCGGGUGGCCGCCGUUGCGCGGCGGGCGCCUGCCGAGGUGCCCCCCCUGACGACCCCGCGGGCCGGACGUCUCCGAGCGCGGCGCCUGCUCCUCGGGCGCCCCGGGGGCCCAUCAGGCAUCGAUGCGGGAUGCGUCGCCAAUCUUUCGGCGAUGCGUCGCCGAUUCCAGGUCGACGUGUCCCCCAUUGAUCAGGAGGGAAAGAAACACAC